UAAAAUAAAUUACACAAAUAAUAAUAAAUAAAACAUUUUAUUACAUUAUUCGUUUCCUUCUUCCCUAUUUUUACAUUUUCUUACUCAUUGGCCAUGGCCAUGGCGUUGAGAUCCGCAGGAAGAAAUCUCUCCUACGAGAUUCUCAGCCAAAGUAGUUCCAUUGAAGAUGACGAAACUCUCUUUCACCGCUCCAACUCCGAUCCAUUCCACAACCAUUCUGUUCCCAACCCGAACCGAAAGAAACGGAAGAAGAGAAAGAAGAAGACCGCGACUAAUACUAAUACUAUUACUACUUCUACCACGACGAUCGAGAUCCAGAGCUCGAUUCCAGAGGAACCGAUAAACGGAAAUUACCGCGAAGCCGAAGCCGAAGCCGAUUCUUCCGUCUUGGACAAUUUCGGAAUCGCGGAGCAAAAGUUUCAGGUUUCCGGGAAUGGAGAUAGUUAUUGCUCCUCGAAUGGUUUUGAAUCGAAUUACGAGGGUUUUAGCGUUACGCCUGCGAAAUUUGUUCGUUCAGGGAGUGGAGGGAGUGUUUGUACGGUCACUGAGCAGCAGCCGGGAUUUCAGAAUGUGCGAGGGGAGUUGAGACAGAGGACUGUCAAUGGUAGUGGCGGUGGUGCCGGAGAUGGAGGAUUGGAAGAUAGUGCCUCGCGUGUGUACAGUGAAGGGAAAGUUGAAACCGAUGUUGAGGUGAAUUCGGCUGGGAAGCAGAGAACAGAACCCAAUGGGGUCGUCCUUACGAAAUUAGAGACUGCCGAGUCCUUGGAUUGGAAAAAGCUUAUGGCAGAAGAUCCCAAUUAUAUGUUUUCUUCUGAGAAAUCACCUUUCAAGUACUUCUUGGAUGACAUGUUAAGUGGAAAUUCAUUACGGAGGACGACAACUUUUGGUAAUGAGAAAGAACGAGAAAGAGUUUAUGAUACAAUCUUUCGCUUGCCAUGGAGAUGUGAACUGCUCAUAAAUGUGGGCUUCUUUGUCUGCUUUGAUUCAUUUCUGUCAUUGUUAACUAUCAUGCCAACAAGAAUUCUAACGACCAUGUGGAGGUUUAUAAAAACAAGGCAGUUCAAAAGGCCGUCUGCAGCAGAGCUGUCCGAUUUUGGCUGCUUUGUAAUAAUGGUUUGUGGAGUUAUUCUUUUGGAACGAACAGAUAUCAGUUUAAUAUAUCAUAUGAUCCGUGGUCAAGGAACAAUCAAACUAUAUGUGGUCUACAACGUGUUGGAGAUAUUUGAUAAAUUAUGUCAAAGUUUUAAUGGAGAUGUGUUGCAAACCCUAUUUAAUUCAGCAGAUGGACUUGCAAUCUCUCCGCCAGAUAACAUAACCUUCUGGAUUUGGAGAUACAUGUGUGACCUGACUUUAGCUGUUGCUGCUUCCAUCAUUCAUUCUUUCAUUUUAUUAGCUCAAGCAAUUACUUUAUCAACCUGUAUAGUCGCUCACAACAACGCUUUACUGGCUCUGCUGGUGUCCAAUAACUUUUCUGAGAUAAAAAGCAAUGUUUUUAAGCGAUAUAGUAGGGAGAAUAUUCAUAGUCUGGUAUACUUUGAUUCGGUGGAGAGAUUCCAUAUCUCAGCAUUUGUCUUAUUUGUUUUAGCUCAAAACAUUCUAGAGGCCGAAGGUCCCUGGUUUGAAAGUUUUCUUUCGAAUGCUCUCUUAGUUUACGUUUGUGAAAUGGCUAUUGAUAUCAUAAAGCACUCGUUCAUAGCUAAAUUUAAUGACAUAAAGCCCAUUGCAUACUCUGAGUUUCUUGAGGACCUCUGCAAACAGAUUUUACAUAUGGAUCUUGAAGAUUCAAAGAAUAUUCUCACUUUUAUUCCCUUGGCGCCAGCUUGUGUGGUUAUUCGAGUCUUGACUCCAGUCUAUGCUGCCUGUCUCCCAUGUCAUCCCUUCCCAUGGAAGCUCUUUUGGAUUGUGCUAUUGUUUUCAGUGAACUUUGUUAUGCUCACUAGCCUUAAGGUGCUCAUAGGCAUGGGGCUACAGAAACACGCCACCUGGUAUGUGAAUAGAUGCCGAAAAAGAAAACACCAUCUUCAUUGUGAUUAAUUUAAAAGAAAGAAAG